AUGGCGCCUCCAAUAGGUACAACGACUAAGCUGCCCACUUCUAACCAAGGCCAUCUCCAGUCCUUGAUGGCCAAGGUCCGUAAAGAACUUCGACAACCAACCCAGAUAGAGAUCUCAUAUGCAAACAAUCUUACCCAGGCUAUCGAGAAGGAAGCUUGGAAAGAGUCUCGGGAAGUUCGCGACAGCAUUUUGGGCCUCGCUCAAGAAGCUCGGAGGAUGUUUGGCCUUCGACCGUUCGACAUGUCAUUAAACGUGGAGAAUGAAGCCGAUGGUAAGGAAAUGGUUCUGCGAAACGGCGGGAAGCGAUCAGCUUCCACGGCACCAACACCUAAUGCAUCAAAACGGCAACAGCGCGAGCCUAUUCGACCACCACCACCAUCUUCCGGGAAGAUAGAUCAGAAAUCUGAGGCUUUAGAUCAGUCCGGUCGUGUCCGUCACAUUAAAGAGGAAAACACCGUCACUAACUCCCAGAAUGGUCCACACGGUCAUGGCCAUUCUCAGUCGAUCGAGGCUCCAUUCGCCACUAGUUUCCUCACCAACAGUGCGCCAAUCUACAACCAAAACAUAAACAGCGGGUCUGGGCAGCAGAACAUCAAUGUGUAUGGCGUAUUCGAACCUCCGCCACCAUCAGCUACCGGCGCCGCGCCAACCGAGUACGAGAUGCCUACUGAGCCAGAGCAUCGCCUAAACCAAAACGCUGGACAGCAAAAGUUCUCGGUCAGUGAUACUGUUACCAACAAGACGGCCGGCGACGGUAAGUCAAGUGGUCACGGUCAGACGUUGAAGGGGCCACAUGGCAACACGCACAUGCGCAUGACUGCGCCAGUCUACAACCAAAAUAUCAACACCGGAAGUGGACAGCAGAACAUCGACGUCAUUGGAAAGAUGGACUUUGAGAAAAAGGAGCGGAAAGACCGAUCGCGUCAAGAUCAUGUAGUUGCAGUUGGGCAACCUGCAAACCCGCAGCCACAGUGGCGCGAAGAUCAGGGACCAGGUAAUCCACACUACGGUCGCGGUCCAUCUUACCGGCCGACUUCGCCUCAAGGCCUUGCAGUUGCGACCGGGCAGAACGCAAUUCCACUACCACAGCGACGCGACAACGAAGCACCUCAUAGUCCAUUUUAUCAACCAAGUUCGCCUCACUAUCGACCAACUUCACCUCAGUAUGGAUCAACUUCGCCUGAGUAUCGACCAACCUCGCCGCAGUACUCGUAUGGACCGAACUCGCUUCACCGUCGAUCUCGUUCACCUCGCCGCCGCGUCGCCCCACAUAGUGACAGUGGCGCUAUGGAUGAGUACCGGGAUCGUUCGUACGGGAGGCGUGAUGGUCUUCCAUAUGAGGAUGCUCCGUAUGAUUCAGAAGAUGAUUGGUCGAGACCAGGUGGUGUGGAUCGUUCUGGUCCAAGAACUCCGCGUCGCGAACGCUGA